AUGGUGUUAAAGGAGUAUACAUCCCCUGAAUCUGAUCAACCACCUUCAACUUCAAGGAGUAUUACACAAAAUCAGAUUUCAGGCCUCAUUCCCUCCACUGAACAACAAACCAUCCCAUUCCCAGUUGGUUACAUGGCCCCUCAUAUUGGUCCUCCGUCGUCAUUCAAUCAUUUUCAAGACUCUACUAGCAAUGCGCAUGAGGCAAUGUUGAGGGAAGAGAUAGAGAAGGAGCGUAUUAGGAAAGAGAUUAUUGUAGAAGAGGUUGCUCGAAGGCGCGUGUUGGAGUUAGAAGUAAGAAGAGAGCUAACAUCUCUACCUCCACAAGAUAGGGUUGGUUACAUGGCCCCUCAUAUUGGUCAGUCGUCGUCCUUCAAUCAUUUUCAAGAUUCUACUUGCAAUGCCCGUGAGGCAAUAUUGAGGAAAGAGAUGGAGGAGCGUAUAAGGGAAGAAAUUAUUGCUGAAGAAGUUGCUCGAAGGCGCGUGUUGGAGUUAGAAGUAAGAAGAGAGCUUAUGAUGGAAGCGAUGUUGAGAGGAGAUAGCUUUACUUCAUUCAGUAGUUUUUCCCCAAAUCUUCCAUUUUUGAAACAACAGGCUGAGGAGAAGUUGGGAAUGAGUGUCUCUGAAUCUGAACCAGGUGCUAGACAUCAAGACAUGGAACAGAUUUCAGAUGUUGUACCUUUUAAGCACCGCGCUGUGGAACCAAGCAUUUCAACAUUGAAGCUUGUCCCUGUUCCAAAGAACCAGAGUGCAAAGGGGGAGAUUUCGCAAUUGCAGCCCUCAUUAGAACCUGAAUUAAGCAAAGAUAUGGCUAAGCCUGACACCAUAUCCUCUGGAGCAAAACGGAAAGCUAUAACACCAACAACGGAGGUGGCUAACGAGCCUUCAUCGAUCAGUGCUGUAAAGAAAAAUGUCAAGGAGUGGACUUGUGCACUUUGUCAGGUAAGUUCUACAAGCGAAGCUGGACUGAAUAUGCACUUCGAAGGAAAGAAACAUAAAAGCAAGGAGGCUGCUUCAAGAGGAGAGAACUCCAACGUUAGUCUUUUAACAAAGAAACCUAAAUCCAUGCAACUUGUAGAAUCUUGCAUUGACAUGAGACAAGGGCAGAAAUCAAAGGAAAGCUCAUCAGGUUCAAGCGACAAUGUUGCAAAUGCAGAUGACUUGAAAAAGCAUGCAAAUAAUACAAUCGACGAAAAGCAAAACAAUAAGGAGCAUCAGAAAAGAGAGUACAAGUUCUGGUGUGAGACAUGCAAAGUAGGCACCUUCUCUGAAAAGGUAAUGGAGGACCAUAGGAUCGGAAAGAAGCAUGCUCGGCAUCUGCAACAACUUAUUAGCAAGAACAAGCAGUGUUCAUAA